AUGGAGCUGGGGCACCGAGCAGGUACAACCCAUUUGGCCAGAGCCCAAGUGAACAAGGAAGGCCAGCAGGACGUGGGCUCCUGGAGAACUGUCUGCCCUCCCUUGGACACCUCCAAGUGCAAGCAACAGGCCCCAGGCUCCCCACUGCGGGGAGAGAACCCCCGAGAGCAGGCCUUCCCUGAUGAGGUCCGGCCUCCCCCCUCCACAGCAAUCAACAGGGACUCCCCCGGCUCGGAACGGCACCCUGAGUCCCUGAAGAAGGGUGACUACAGACCCUCUUCGAGGGAGAGCCCAACCACCUUCCGAGGGGGGCCUCAGCCGUGCCAGGGGAUGGAGGAGGGCCCCAACCCGGGGGCCCAGGGCCAGAGGAGCAGCGUCAUUCCCGACAACAUUCGCCACAAGUUUGGCAGCAGCGUGGUGGAUGAGCUCGUCUCUGAAGAUCAGGCUCGAAGGGCCAUUAGCGCAGCCUUGGAGGGGCAGAAGAGGGUCAACUCGUGGCCCAGCAGGACCCAGAGUCCCCUGCGAGUCUCCCCCCUCUUCUCUGACUACUACGACCUGGGCUACAACAUGCGAUCGAACUUGUUUCCAGGGGCUACUGAAGAGAUGAAGAGCCUCAUGAAGGCCUCCUACACUCCAGAGGUAAUCGAGAGAUCCGUGCGGGACACUGAGCACUGGCAUGGCAGGAAAACAGAUGACCUGGGACGGUGGCACCAGAAAAACGCCAUGAACAUGAACCUGCAGAAAGCACUGGAUGAAAAGCAUGGAGAGAAGAGUAAGCCUAGCCCCUCCAAGCGCUAGCCACAGCUCAGAAG